AUGGCUGCAGACCACCAGGUCUCGGUCUCCUCCAGCUACACACAGUCUUUCCCCUACAGUGACAAGCGACAAUUUGAGUCACCAAGGGUCCAUGUUCCUCCCCCAAUCCUCGACUAUAAAGAUGGCAAACCAUCCUUCAUUGUGGCUGCUGAUGAGUUCGAACACAUAAGUACGGACUACGGGAACCCCGUCUUCCUAGACUCCAUAAGAUCUUGUCAUAGCCUCCACAUGAUCCACAGCAUGCUCUCUUGGCGAUAUGAGAUGCGCAGAGCUGCGCAGCCUGUCCUCCCCUACCUCUAUCUGGGCCCGAGCAGCGCUGCAAGAGAUCCCAUAUCGCUCAGAGCCUCGGGUAUUACCCUGAUGGUAGCUGUACGGAGCACAAAGGCCGUCCAGGCUCGACCUGCAUUCCUGAACCCUGCAUCCUUUGUAACAAACUCAGGCAUAUCAACCAUAUCUUUUGAUUUUGAUUCAACUUAUGACUUUGUUUCUAAGCUGCGCCUCAUCGUGCGAGCAGUAAAUGAACAUCUUGAGCAAACCUGUGUCAAAAUGCCAGUGGAGAAUGUCGCCGACAUUGGUGGCAAGGUGCUGGUUUUCUGCGAGUCUGGCAAUAACCGAUCACCAGUUCUGGUUGCCGCAUAUCUCAUGAUUAUCUAUGGCGUCAGCGCGUUCUCUGCAAUUCAGGUGAUACAAUCCCAGCGUUUUUGUAUCACCAUGUCUGACGAUUUAAAGAACGUGCUUCUGGACUUGCAACACAUCCUUGAGGCGCAGCGGACAGUCUCAGCAAGCAGGACUGGUUCUGUCGAAGUCCCUGGGCUUUCGGGCCAGACAUCACGCACGUCCAUGGGUACCAAACGGAACCUUGAUGACAUGGACACCUCAGAUGAAGAUAUGGGGGCUGAUUCUCCAGCGGAUGAUGUUUCGAGCAGAGAGGGCGUUGCUCCUUUCGCAGAUCCAAUUGUGUGA